AUGGAAACAGAAUUUCCUAAACGCCUAUUUAGAGAUGGAUUUGAGCCACAAGUGAAGAAGAUUAACAAUUCCUGUCGAAUUUCUAUCUUGGGCAAAGUCAAACAAGCAUUACCUAAAGAGUAUGAGAAAGUGAAGAAUGAUCCAGUCUUUUCACAUGUCUUUGCAAUCUACGAGAAUGGUUUAGGGUAUUCAGGGCGUUUGAUACACAGCAUGAUGUCUAGGCAAUUGGUUACAAAGAAAAAAAGAGAGAUAUGGUUUGUGUUUGGAGGGAAGCCACUCAGAUUUUCAAUGCAAGAGUUUCAUGCUGUGACUGGGCUCAAAUGCACUGCGGAUUCUAGUUGUAAUUUAGAGAAUUGGAAAGAUGAUGGUGGGUUUUGGAGCAAAUUGAUGAAGAGAAAAGCUGGGUUGGUUAUGGCUAAGGAUGAGAAAAAGUAUAUUCCACUCAAAUACAUCCAGAUGGUAAUGGAUCUUGAUAAGGUGAGGACUUAUCCUUGGGGUCUUAAAGCUUUUAAAAGUCUUGCUAAGUCUAUCAUAGAAAAAAGAGAAGAUUUGAAGAAGAUCAAUAGCUAUGCAUUAGAUGGUUUCUCAUAUGCAUUUCAAAUAUGGGUGAUGGAGGCAAUUCCAGACAUUGGAAAGUUGUUGGGAGAAAAGAUUAUCACAGAAUUUAGAGAAGCUCCUCGAUGUUCUAACUGGAAAGGCGCAGCCAAAGUAUCAUAUGAUGAUAUCAUACAACUAGAAAGUACAUUUGGACCAAAGGAUAUUGUUUAUCCAUACAUAUCUAUUACUGGCGAUUAUGACAUUGUUGACUCCAUGGAGUUUUUAUGGCGUGAAGAAACUAGCGAUGGUGAAGUCGAUGCAUUGAAAGCUAAGAUCAGUUCUGAAAAUGAUUUUGGAGACCAUAUUUGGGGAACUGUACAAGUUGAUGAUGUGGACGGUGAACAUAAUCAAGUAAAAGAUGAUGUUGGCAGUGAGGUGUGCAAAGAAAUCAAGGGUCUAGUGCAACAAAGAGUGGUGAGAGUAUGCAAGCUGCUAAUGACGAAGAGUCAGGUUGCAAGAGAAAGAGACAACCUGAUCAUGGUGCAGAGAGGAGGAAAAAGAAACUGCUCUAUGAGCGAGCAGCAACAACACAUCGAGCUGCAACAGAUGAACAAAUGA